GAAUACUGUCAUUUUGUCCCACAAUCCAUACCAGUAGGUGGCGGUAAUUCGCAUUCAAAUGUACCGUCCACCAUUAAACAGCAGAAGAAGAAGAAGGAGGAGGAGGCGCGGAGAUUUGAAAACAAAAAUGGCGAAGGUCCGAGAAGUUCUGCAGCGCUGUGACCCGGUUCUGUUGGAGCCCUGCGAUGAGUCCGAACCGGACUGUUCGGAGGCUUUAGGGGUGGUUCUGUUUCUCACGGAGAGUCGGCGUGUGCAGAAGAUUCUGUGGCGUCAGCUGUUUGUUCUGGACUCCAUGGUGUCGCUUCUGGAGGGCCUGGAAUCUGCCCAGCAACUGAUGACACAGCCCUGCCCCCCGCAGCCAGAGGUCGGCGCUCGCAGCAGGUGGAAGGCUCUGAAGGCGGAGCUUAGCUCUGGGAUGGAGGAGACGGAGGAGCUGCUCAGAUCCCUGCAGGAGCGACUCCAGCAGAUCAGCAGCAGGAGACGCAGGCUGACUCAGCUCCUGCAGCUUCUGCACAGCAAGCGGCGACAGCGGGAGCAGCUGGCGGUGUCGCUGCUGAAGGCCCAGAAUGCUUUGCUGUCAUGUGAUCAGCAGCUGAAGCAGCUGAGAGGCGAGGCGGCGGCGGCGCUCGGUCAGCUCCUCUCAUGGCAGCAGUUUAGAGACACGCUGCAGGAACACGUCGUUGCCAAGCAGGAAGUGAUGGAGAUCAGGCUCAUCUCCUUUAACCAAUCAGAGAUGUUGGUAGAGAUCAGGCCACGCUUCCCCUCCGAUCCUUCGUCCAAUGAGCUCGAGCCGCUGAGGCUGUCGGUCAGCUGGCGCCACGACGACCGCUUCCUCCUGCAGGUAGACGAGCAGGCAGCCGGCUUGGUGGAGGGCUGCGGGUCGGGCUCCUGGAGCGAGCUGAGCACGCAGCUGCUGGCUGUCCUUAAGGGCUACCGGGGGCAGGCGGAGCUGCUCUGUGAGAUACAGUCGCUGAGGUCCUGCUACGCCAUCGACUGGUGCCCCGCCCAGCGGCUGCUGGUCUACCUGAAGUCUGCGUCGCUGGUGUGUCACCUGGAGGUGGAGGAGGGCUACCCGAGACACGGACGAGCUGUGCUGCGCUGCGUACGGCGGGACGGACAUCCCGUGGACACGGCGGCACUCAAGCCUCACACUGCUAACCCCUCCCUGACCAACUGGCUGGUUUUCCUCAGCACCAGUCCUCUGAUCUGAACCGAUCCGGUCCGGUCUGGUCCUGUCCUGCUCUUCCUGGGACCGUCUGUGUCGUGCCGGACCUUAAACCUGUGAACCUCUGACUGCUCCUCUUUGACACCAGCUUCAUGUUCAUGUCGACUUUGAUCCAAACAGAAUAAAUAAUAAAAGGGCUGCA